AAUAAUCACAAUCGACUGCAAUAGUCUGGCAAAAAAUUUUGACUUUUGGGGAGAGGUCUGGUUUCACAUAUAACACAUAAAAGUUCGUGUUACUGUUGAAUAGUUGAUUCCAAUCAGUGGAAAAUAAAAUCUUAAUCAAGAAAAUGUCCAACGAAUUACAAACAAUUAAAAUUAGUCUUAGUGACCGUGAACGCAAUUUUUGUGAAGAUGAUCAACAUCGUGCCGGAUCGAAUCUUAAAGAUUUAAUUCUAUUCACAAAAGAAAAUGAACUUGAUGAACAAAAACCAUUGAACGAAAAUGAAUUCGCAAAACUUUCAGCGGUCAAUACUCUAUGUCUUGAGCUUGGUGGCCUUAAAUUAUCAUCAUCGGCUAUAAAAAUGAUUGGCGAUUGUGGUAUGCAAAAACUUCAAUGUUUACGUAUUUAUGAUUGUUUGGGCAUCAAUGAUGAAGCGGUCAAAUUGUUUGGUCAAAGAUUUGGUAAAAAUAUUGCACAUCUUGAAAUGUUGGGCAAUACUGAGGUAACAAAUGUCGGUUUGAAAGCAUUAAUUGAAUCAAUUGGUAAUCUUGAAGUUUUACAUCUGGACAAUGCUAUUGGAUUGUUGUCUGAACGCAAUGGUACAAUCACCAAUUUGCGUCAUGUUUGGUCACGAAUAAAUGGUGAUGAAUUGGACAAGCUAUCACAAUUUACAGUCAAAUAUGCACCAUAUUUACGACAUUUGGACAUCACAAUGGCCAACACUAAAGAAAAAACACCCGAAUUUAUCAAAAUUUUGGAAAAUUUGACUGGUUUAACCAAAUUAUCGAUAACUUGUACUGCAAAUGUUGCCAUUGAAAAAGAAUUGGCACAAUUGUUAACUAAAUUAGCCACAAAUUUAACUAACGUAAAUAUUUGCGUUUGGAUGGGCGAUGGAGAUGUGCUUAUAGAUGCGAUUGGAAAACUUUCAAAACUUGAACAAUUAACAUUGAAUGGUCGAUCACCAAUGCGUCAUAUCGAUUUUCGUAUCAACAAAACCCUUGCACCAAUGGCAAAUAUGAAAAAUUUGAAAAAUUUACGAUUAAUUCUUAAAAAUCAUUCGAAAACAUUGUUGGAUAAAUUUGCUUCCAAUUUACCCAAUUUAGAGACUCUUGAAUUAGAAGGCUUAGACAUUGAUGAUCAAGCAUUGACUAAUUUGGCCGGUUUGAACAAUCUUUCAUUUUUGGAUAUUGUUUCACCCGAAAUAACUGAUAUUGGAAUGAGUACGUUAGUUACUAAACUACCGAAUCUAACAUUUUUACGUGUCAAUGAUUUUGGUACGGAUAAAAUCUGGAAUAAAACAUUGGAUGCAAUAGUAGGAGAAGCAAGCCGACGACAACAAGUGCCAAUCGAAAUUGUAUUCACUGAAACAUGUAAACUAGAUCUAGAAUCACGACGUAAUAGUUUACCGAAAAAUUUAACAGUUUCCAAACGAAAUUCUACACAUUUGUUAUCAUUUCCUGGAUCAACUCCUCGAGGUUUCUAAUAUAUUUUUGAUUUUUUUUGCUUGUCUUGUUAAUGAAAUUUUUAAAUAAGAAAUAAUUUUGGUACAAUUGUACUUGAUGUAAU